AUGGACAUAUUUCCCAACUGGCUGUAUAUCUUGAUUACAUUUUCUGAUAGAUAUGCAUCAACGUGUGUCUGCUAUAUGGUGUUCAUUAUAAUAGCCGCCAAGGGUGAAACGGUUCGAAAUUUGAUGCUGAACGCAUAUGAUCUUGGUCUUAUCAAUGGUAGUUAUGCUUUCUUCUGCAUCGAGUUCUUCAAACAGAAGGAUACCUUUGGCGAUUUCUCGUGGAUUAGUCAAGAUGGUCGAAAUGAGGACGCCAAGAAAGCAUAUGAAGCUUUGUUUAAAUUGUCUUUCUACAAGCCAGCAAACAAUGAAUUUAAUAAAUUUGCCGAUGAAGUGAAGCUACGUUCAAAGGCUGAAUUUGGUUACGAAUAUGGACCAGACGAAGAGGUUUCAGUUCUUACAGCAGUUGCUCACGACACUGUAAUACUAUACGCUAUAGCACUUAAUGAGACGUUGUCGGAGGGUGGUGACCCGUAUAACGGGACAGAGCUUGUCUCGCGACUUUACGGAAGAACCUUCAAAGGUAUCCAAGGCAAUGUAACCAUCGAUAUGAGCGGCGAUCGCGAUGCCGAUUUCAUGAUGUAUGACAUGACAGAUAUAGAGAAUGGCAAAUUUGAGGUUGUGGGUAAUUACUUUGGAAAUAGAAAGGUUUAUGAAGAGGUGGAAGGUCGGCCCAUUCAUUGGCCUGGUGGCGCCACUGGUCCCCCGGAAGAUGAACCUGAAUGUGGAUUUCAUGGCGAAUACUGCCCAGAAGAAGAGCCUGUUAAUCCAAUGUACGUAGUUGCUUCCAUCUUUGCUGUAUGUUUAGUCGUAUUGGCAGUCAUUAUAGUGGUGAUGUACAGAAAAUAUAAACUACAACAAGCUGUUGCAAAUAUGUUAUGGAGGAUCGAUUUUGAUGAUCUGGUACUACAUGGAAUGAAAAUAGGAACCACUCAGCAAACCCCGCUCAAG